AUGCAGGACGCUAUGGGCUAUGAGUUACCCUGGGUGUACUUUGUCAGUCUGGUCAUCUUUGGAUCCUUUUUCGUUCUUAAUCUGGUUCUUGGUGUGUUGAGCGGGUAAGCUGCUGGUUUUGGUGUUAUUUUUUCCCCCUCAUGCUGCAGGGCAAGACUCCAGAAUCAGGGUUCUUCUGUGUCACCAGAAUCCUUUAAUUGUCACAAGCAAAACCAAGGGUUAUAUUUGUUAUGAUUUCUACAUUGAUUCCCCAGACUUUGUUUUGCCUGUGUCUGACAGGCAAGUUACAGCACAGUAUACAGUGGUAGGAAAUUCACUUGGUAAGGUGACCAAAUACUUAACUCAAUCUAUACUAAAGUAGGUAGAAAAUUUACUUCCUGGUUGAUUGAACCGAACAACAAAUUCAGCACUGGUGACUCAAGUUCCCUUCAACUGGAGCCUUGUAAUGCUCAGGAAUGGAACUUUCCACACUAAUUAUCAUUCCACUCUUCCAGGUCAAUGAUGCCAUAGGAAGGGGCUGGCCCUGGAUCUAUUUUGUUACACUAAUCAUCAUAGGGUCAUUUUUUGUACUUAACUUGGUUCUCGGUGUACUUAGCGGGUAAGCAGUACCUGGAAAAAUGUUUGGAAUUACUAUUGUUGUUGUUUAAUUACACAUGCUUCUGUAUUAUUCUUUAUGUUCUUUCUCUUGGGUUGAAGAUAUGGGCCCUGAUCCAACAUAUUCCCAAUGUCAUCUGUUAAUGUCAGUGGGAUUUGGAUCAACUUUACCUUAUAAAUGGACAGUGAAAGUCUAAAUUAAAAGUAUGGCAUUAAGCAGCCUAAAGUAGUGGGGUGGGGGUUGAAAGCCAGCACUGCCAAAAGCUAGCAGUGCUAGGUGUGGAAAACACUCCCCACCCUUAUAUAUAACAUUGUUGGGAUUGAAACUUCACCCCGAUAUGCAAACUGUUGCCCCUGGUGGAAGUAAUGAAUAUAGUAAAUAACAUUAUCAUAACUCAUGAGCUUAUAACUAGAAUUUAUGAGUGGUUUACAUGGGGUCUCAGUAGGGAUUGGGAAGCACAGGUCUAAUUACUUUGAUUAUUAUUGGCUUGAUAAACUGACAUCACAGCAGAACUGGCAAAUGUUGGCUAUGUACUUGUGUGUCACAGAGGAUUUUCGAAAUUUUAGAAUUUGAAUUCUAAGACCCCUGAGUGAUUAAAGCACAUAGGUUGUCUAUAUGCCAUAGGUCUUUUCUUGUUAUUACAUUAGUGAAGCAGUUUCAUAACCGUUUAAUGAAAUGUUGACCAUAGAGAGAAAAAUAAUACCUAUUGCUUAUUGGGUGAUUUCCAUUAAUUUCAGUGGGAUUAUUCUGAGAAUGACUAACGUUGGCUAUCACCCUAUGCAUGUGACAUCAUGGUAAAGAAUUGGUAAAAAAUGAAUGGAAGUAUAUGAAACAAAUUUUAACCUACUGAUGUUAUGAUUAUUUAUUCAAUUUAUAUCCCAUCCUUCCUCUGGAAGGUGCUUCUCAGAUUAUUAUUUUUCUUGGCUGACAACUCUCCAUUGUAACUCCAUUUAAUCAUUGAAGGACAGGGCAGGUUUUUUGUUUGUUUUUGUUUCUAGCCUUCUGAAAAAUGGGGGUCAGAAACAAAACAAAAAUGGUGGUAAAAUAGGAAAGAUUUCAAUUUUUACAUUUUAUACAUGUCAAUUGAAAAAUGCAGGUUGCCCAUUAGCUGUAUAAACAUUUGUUACCAUACACACUUAGCAGAUUGCGGAUUUGUUCUGAGGAAAUUGCCCACAUGAAUGAAAGGGUAGUUCAGUCAACAAGCCUUUUGAUAAUUUGCUUUCUUGGUAUGACAGCUAACAAGCAUAAAUAAUUUAUGCCCAUUGUAAGAUGUGGAACUGAAUGGAAAUUGCAGUCAUUUCACAGAAUAAUGCCAAAUAGGAAUCAUUUGGAGGUCAUUCUUGGUCAUAUAUUGAUACUGAAUAGAUUCAAAUUAGCACCAUAGAUGGAAUUUUUUAAAGAAUUUCAUUUGAUAUUCCCAGAGACAGCAGGCCUUCAUAGAUCAGAUUUUAAGAUACUGGUUUUUGUACUACUUUGCUGUUGUUGCUGUGGAAUGAUUUUUCAAAAACACUAAUUUUUCCAGUAUUAUCCUUGCAAUAACACAGUAGUAGAAUUCCUUAUUUGCCAAUAAUAUUGGCCAUUUGAUUGCCCUUUUCACCCAUUGCUGUCUUUUUUAUUUGUAUAUAUUUUAUUUGUAUAUAUUGCUUGUUUUAUGUUGCUAUGGCCGUUGGCUAAUGCGAAUAAAGUUUAUCUUAUCUAUCUUACUCAUAUAAAAACACGCUGAUUCCCGGACCAUCCGCGGGCCGGAUUUAGACGGUGAUUGGGCCAAAUCCGGCCCCCGGGCCUUAGUUUACCUACCCAUGGGCUAGAAUUAUUUUUUAAAAAUUCAUUAUUUGCAAGCAGAAAGUCUCAAGUUCAGUUGUCAGAUCUCUACUUAAAAAGUUUACAGGGAGCAGGAUGGGAAAUAAGGAUGGGAAUCAUUAUUUCUAGUUGAUACUUUGGGAGCAGUUGGUACACAGCAGCUUUGAAAAUGAUCAGACUAUCUAAAGAGGCAUCAGACAAAUAUGAACACUAAAUUUUCCACUUCCUGGUUCCCCAUACAUUAAAGAGUGUUAACAAUAUUCAACAAGCCUUCAAUGUGCAAUAAUGUUUAUACAGUGCUUGGAAGGAGAAAGGCAUUGGAUUUCUCACUAUCCAUCUUUUGUUUACAGUUCCAUACCACAGAGCUUCAGCUUCUAGUAGAAGCACUUUGUUUUUUCCACAUUUGUCAUAUUUGUGAUGUAUCCAUCUACCUUAUGGCAAAGCUGUCUUCUAGAACUGAUCUACUGAGCUGUUUCUGAUCUUCCUGAGGGUUAAGUGGAGCUUCUUGCAAUCCUCCACUUUAAAGUCUUUAUUAUGAGAUUCCUAAGAGAAGAUGGAGCAAAGCCUGGCAUGAUGACAGAUAUACAUCGGCACAUACAGAAGCUUGGAGUUUUGCCUUGAGUUGAGAAAAGACUGUCCUUAUGUUACCGCAGUACAGAUAAUAGUUUGCUCAAGAUUAUUCAGAAUAAUAUUUUCCUGCAAGCAUUUUAUAAGAAAUAAUAACAAAAAUAAUCAUUAAUUCUCUUUGAGAAAUGAUUUGAGAUACAGAACAAGUAGCUGACAUUACCAUCUUAAAGAUAAGUCAUUGUGUAUAAAACAGAAGAAUCGCAUGUAUUAAUAUGGGUUGAAAUUAAUAUGGACAGCCAAGUUACCAUAGCAGGAAAUUUAUAAUCUCCAGUGCAAUUCAAGCUAAUUCUUUUCUAUCUUUCUUUUGGUCUCCUGUUCUCAUCCUUUAAUCCCCUCCCUCUUGCCAGGGAGUUUUCUAAAGAGAGAGAGAAAGCAAAAGCUCGAGGUGACUUUCAGAAGUUGCGAGAGAAACAACAGCUGGAGGAGGACUUGAAGGGAUAUCUGGACUGGAUAACUCAAGCAGAAGAUAUUGACCCAGAAAAUGAAGAUGAGGGCAUGGAUGAAGAGAAGCCCCGAAACAGUAAGCAACUCUCCUCUGUUUGUCCUAGGGUGUCUAGCCAGCAAUUAAUGUUCUUUAUGGGCUGCAUUAAUGAACCUAUGCUCAGGAAUUUAGAAGGGUGCACCCAAGCCUUGCUAAGAUAA